AUGUUUCGUGCUCUCAGUGAAUUGACCAGGAGAACCUUCAUCUCGACCCCAAUACCCAAGCAUAGCACCGCAAUGGACUACCACAUCGCUCAACCGUCCCCCGACAAGCUUCAAGUUCUACCUCACAAUCAAUACCACUCUUCCGAUGUUCUUACCCCCUCGACAACUAACCCCUCUCCGAUAGUCCAGUUCAAAGAGUGGUUCACCGAAGUCGUAAACGCUAAGGUUGUACCCGAGCCGGAAAGCAUGUGCGUCUCGACAUGUACACCAUCUGGGAUCCCAUCCUCCCGAUUUGUCCUCUUCAAAGAAGUCGACACAAGGGGAUUCAUAUUCUACACGAAUUACUCCUCACGCAAAUCGCAAGAACUUCUUGCUAAUCCCUAUGCUGCGCUGGCAUUUUAUUGGAGAGAAGUCCAUAGAUCGGUACGAGUCGUUGGGAAGGUGGAGAAGGUCAGUCGCGAGAAAAGCGAAGAGUAUUUCAAGGGUAGACCCAUUGGAAGUCAACUGGGCGCAUGGGCGAGCAGACAGAGUAGUGUGGUAGAGGAAGGGGAAGUGCAGUCACGACUGGAAGAAAUAAAGGAUCGAUUCGGCGUGAAAGAUCAAGAGGGUACAACAACAGACCACGGGAUUAUACCGACACCAGAAUUUUGGGGUGGGUGGAGGAUUGUACCCUUCGAGGUAGAAUUCUGGAGCGGGAAGCCAUCACGAUUACACGAUAGGGUACGCUACACACGGGUCGGAAAUGACUCGGAUUGGAAAAUAGAAAGGCUUGCUCCAUAG